AUGUCCAAAUUGAGCGGCUCAGAGCGAAGUUGUACAUUCGCCUCCGAGGACUGUCCGUGCCCGUUGCGAGAUCGAUGUGAGUCGUCUAAUAGGAUUAUGUGCGCAAAUGGAGGAGUUCCGAAUCCCAGACAGUGUGACGAAUGCCUUUGUCCACAUGGCUACGGCGGCAGAUUUUGCGAGGAAAGGCCAUCUGGCUGCGGUGAAACACUUGAAGCAGCUCCUUAUUGGAAAACCAAGACAUUCACUUUCGAUAAUACCUCUCUGGUUAGCAACCGUGAUUAUACAAUAUGCAAUCACUGGAUAAAGGUCAGUUCUCUUUCAACGCAGAAUAAUACUGAUUUUCCAUUUGAUCCCUCUCAUCUACUUGAGUUGAGAGGAAAAUCGAUGUAUGAAGAUGUGAUUUACCUAAUGCUUUUCUAUCGAGGUGACGCUUCGGUGGAUUGA